AAACUGAACACAACGACGAACUAAGUCAAGUCCAAGAAAAAGGAGAAGACGAUGAUAUACCGAUGAAUGAAAUUUCCCCCGAACACAACGAAAAGUUGACGGAUGCCCGAGAAAAAAAUCAAACCGGAGAUGAAAUAGCCGAUAUUAUAAAACUAACUGAAACAUCAUCAAACAAUGCAGAUUCUGGUUCAUCAUUGGUACAAGUAAGUGACUACGAUGAUGAAGCGACGAAUGGAAAUUCUUCUGAACACAAGGACGAACUUAAUCAAGUCCAACAAAAAGGAGCAGACGAUGAUAUAUUGAAGAAUUUUCAUGAAAACAGUGAAAUCAUGACUGACGCGACAGAAAAAAAUCAAACUGAACCAGAAAUGCGUUUAGUAACGGACGAAAUUGAACGUAAGGAAAUCCUGACAGCAUUGUAUGAAGUGGAUGAUGACCCAAAACGUAAAAUGUUUUAUGAUGAGUUGAAAAAAUGUUUGACGCUAUCUUACCUGAUGUUAAAUGAAAGACCUAUAGAUUUAUAUACAUUUUUCGUCCUCGUAAAUGAACUUGACGAAACUUUAUCGAAAGUGAAUGACUUGAAGAAGUGGGAAAGUUUUGCUCUAAGAUUUGGCAUACAAACAAAAGUCGAUUUACAUGCAAAGGUACUGAAAUACUACUACAAUCAUUUUAUGGCUCCACGCAAGAGCACGUUGUUAGCUGCAAUAUCAAAAGUUGCAGAGGAACCAAACAAUGUUUUAGAUGCAAAAAGUGCAGGACAUGACGUUCACCCAGAAAUACAAAGCCAACACUUUAUUACUCUAUAUAACAUCGACAAUGAUCCAAAACGUAAAAAAUUUUUUGAUACGUGUAAGAUAUGUACACAUCAAAUGUUGAUAAUCAAAGGAAACCCGGUAGAUUCAUAUAAACUGUUCGUUUUCAUAGACGAACGCGGUGGCAUUAAAUCAGAGGACAUUAUUCAGUGGAAAGAAUGCGCCCUCUCCCUUGGCUUACAAACAAAUGAAAAUGUAUUGAAUGCAUUGAUGUCUUUUUAUGAUAAUCAUUUGGCACCAUACAGGGAUUUAUUGUUGGCAGCAAUAUCAGAAGAUUUCAAUUCAGUGGUAAAUGACUGCGAUGGUGUAGCGAUGAAUGAAGAUUCUCCGGAACACAACGAAAAGUUGACUGAUGCCCCAGAAACAAAUCAACCCGAAGAAACGACAGAACAAUCAAGCAAUGAUCAGAUUAUGAACACAAAAUAUGCAUCGGCGGAUCAAAAUGAUGGUGAACCAAAACGAUUGAAAAAACGAAAACGUGUUAGUGCACCCAGUCGUCGGUCAACUCGAGCAAAUAAAAAAAUAAAAAUACUUGAAAACAUUUUGAUUAGACCAAAAUCAACCAUAUAA